AAUUAAUAUUUAUGCAUUGCAUGUUCCAUCCAGAAGAAAAGCUAUUAGUCCAAUUACUUAAAAAUACAUCCCAUCAUCUUUUAUCUUGUUGAAUUUGUUGCCAGAUACUUCUACCUCUAGAAAUGGCAGUGAAUGUUUUUUCAACUAGCUCUACUGCAGAUAACCUGAGCAGACAUGACCUGUUGUCAUGGAUAAACAGCAGCCUUGCUGCUAGUUUCAGCAAAGUUGAAGAGCUCUGUUCAGGGUCUGCAUAUUGCCAGUUUAUGGAUAUGAUGUUCCCUGGUUCCAUUCAACUGAAGAAAGUGAAGUUCAACACAAACUUGGAGCAUGAAUACAUCAACAACUACAAACUCUUGCAAGCAGCAUUCAAGAAAAUGAAUGUUGACAAGAUUGUUCCCGUUGACAAGUUAAUAAAAGGAAAAUUCCAGGACAAUUUUGAAUUUUUGCAGUGGUUCAAGAAAUUUUUUGAUGCAAAUUACGACGGAUCCGACUAUGAUGCCUUGGACAUGCGAGGAGGAGAGCCUCUAGGCUUGGGACGUGGAGGUGGGGGUGGCAUGGCCUCUGCCAUGCCCAGACGCACCGUGGCACCUGUCAAGCCUGCUGCCCGACCUGCUGCAGGACGCGCGCCCACCGCGUCUCGCAUCGGCGUGAGCAACAAAACGAGCGUUAGUUCUCCCCGCAACAACGCAGCCACCAACCAGCAAGUUGAGGAGCUCACCAACCAGAUGAUGGAUAUGAGAAUAACGGUUCAAGGUCUUGAGAAAGAAAGAGAUUUCUAUUUCGGCAAGUUGCGGGAAAUAGAAAUGCUCUGCCAAGAACAGGAGGACGGAGCUGUGGCACCCGUGCAAAAAAUACUCGACAUUCUUUACGCGACGGAGGAUGGCUUCGCCGCACCAGACGAAGACAUUCCCCCUCCCGCUGAAGACGAAGAGUACUGAUUAGGUGACUACGCUGACGCCUGACCUCCACUUUGCCCCGUACUUUUAUUUAACACCACCAUACCUGCAAUAGCAAUUCUUUCUACUCUAACGUGCUUACGUGGUGGGCAGACAAACUUGCUAAGUAAUAGCCACUCCCUCCCUCUAAGUAUACGUAGUUCCCUUUUAAAACCUUCUUCAAGGUAACUAGUUGUACAUCCCUCGUGAUUAUAUCGCUCUCCGUUUAUACGUAUUUACUCGUGAAAAUCGCUCCUGGCAAGAAAACCGAGUUUUCUAUGUAUUAGUCACUCCUUAUAGCCCCACAUUUUUCACUCCUCUCUAUUCUAUCCGUAAGAUUCCUUGCUUGUAACUGUUCAGGAUACAAAUGACACUUGAGCUCAUAUCUGCUGGGACUGCGGUGUCUCUUUUGCAUGUUGAUGCUGAGUCUGACAUUAACAGAACUCCCUAACAAAUGGGAGGACUUUGUACGAUAAUAUUAGAAUUUUUGGUUGUGCGUUUACAGGGAUAUCAGGCCCAUUCUUAUUCGUGAUCAUAAUCUGCCACGUGACCAUAAUCUGUGAUUCGUGAUCAUAAUCUGACUUUUUCUGGGUUCAAUUUGUCUUUUUGCUUUUCAUUUGGCUGGCUAAAAAUUCUCCAACUAAUAAUCAUUAUCGGAUGUCUGUAGUAUAUGCUAGAAUUGCUUUACUUAAGGAUACGCUUCCAUACUUCAAUGGGCUACAUUACAAUUCUUUCCACUUCUGUGUCCGGAGGUAAGAAUUGCCAGUGUGAUUUGAUCGCUAAAUCACGACACACUUAAAUGCCGUGCAUUGAUUAGCAAAUCAUGAAAUAUUUCAGUAACAAGCAAAUCAAAAUUAUUCCCGAUUAUAUUCAUAACGCACUAGUUAGUUGGUGUGAUGUUGUGAGGACCUUUUCUAAAAUAUAUUCAAAUGGCCUUGUUUUUCCUCUGAACGAUGUGGGUUAUCCCCAUUAUCUUAAUUAUAGUGUCUCUUCUUUCAUAUUCCUUACCUAUUCAAGCUAUAUAUAUUUAAAUGAAACAAUUUUCGGUCGUGAUAUCGCUGUCACCUGAAAAUCCCCUUAUUCCAUUGUUACCUCUUCUACAAACUUGAAUGUCUUUGCGAACCAAGAGUUGCUCAAAUUUAUCGGAUAUCAAUGAAAGAUCUACUUGCACUUGAUAAUCACUCGUUCGUUUUUUCUCCCAUAGCUUCACAGGAAACUUUGUGACCUAGCGGCGAAAAAGUACAUUACUUUGAUUGAGUUAAAGAUACUCUAGCAAUUAGAGGUGGCUCAUCCCGCAAUAUUUUUUCCAUGUAAACAUUUUAUAUUGCACUUUGUCGAUUUCGAGAACAGGUCUUGAGCAAGUAGCAUUUAUCUAGGCUCUAUGUACACUGCAAGCUGUUGUUAUUGUUUCAGUUGGUCUAUUGGUGUUGUAGUCGCUAACUGGAAUAUUCAUGUUGAGGUGAUGACGUAGCGUAGAGUUACAGUCGACGUCUUUUGUUCCAGUGGAUAACACUGCAAUAUAUCACGCCUUUUACGAUAAUAAUUAUCCGUAACUCUCAUAGAUAUCUCAGUACUUAUCCUUCUGAUGAUAUCUAUCCUCGUGUCAUCCAUGUUUUCUUGUAGAUGCAUUUGUUCCGUGAAAAUGAUGAGGGUCGUAUUCCUGAAGACAUAUGUAUUGAUUAUGAUAUGAGUAAAAGGACUGCCAGCACUCGGCAAAUUCGAGAUUAUUUCCUAGAACAUAACAAGAGACAGUGUUAUCUCGGUACGCCUGGCAGGUCAGACGAUUGAAGCCUCGACAACAUUUUUUCUGUUGUCGUCGUCCCUAUGAAUCUUCAAUUGCUUUUAAAUAAGUAAAACUCCAGGAAUAAGUCCGAUACUUCUUUUAAUGGACGGUACCUCGUCAGUCGCUGUUAUGGUACCGGACGCGCUCUUUGAAUUCCUUCUAUUACAGCGAAAAGAUUACCUAGUUGACAAUGUGUACUGUCUUGCUUUUUGUUUACGCUGUUCAAUGUAUGGGUAAUGAUGUGUAAAUUCAUGCAUGCGUAGGUAUUUCAGUGAGUGCUCAUAUUCACGAGGCUGUCACGCGGCUGAUGAACACGUAAUUGGCUGUGUCAUUAAGAUGAGUUUCUUGGGUAAUGUUAGCGCUUUCUUCCUAAGCGACUCGUCCGCACCAAUGCAAGAGGACGCUGUCACAAUUUUGUUAUCAGAACUUGUUUGUGGUGAGCUUUCUGGUGCCGACACCCAUAGGGCGCCGCAAAUAAAUUGAUGCGCCUUUUCUUCCGUCGUAGAGUCCUUAUCUUAGUAGUUUUUAUUAUUUAUAUUUGUAUCGAACUUGACUUCAGCUCUUGAUUAUGUGACCUUCGGCUUGGGAUCAUGUUUAUUAUUUUCUUACUAUUUUUUCAAUGCCUAUGUAGCUGUUUGUUGGUCAAGGAAGCCUUUGCUUGCAAAUGCCUUCGAUUAUUUAGCGCCGUGAUUGCCUCUCGCAGACAUCAUGAUUUCGGCGCAGCGUUGAGAUGGCGGAUAGUGUUCUGGUCACAAGUAACUAACAUGGUUUCAAAUGUCCUCUGCGUUCUGUGUUACCACUUCAGACCCAAAUAAAAUUUAGACGAUAUAAUUAUUUAAUUUUAGAGCACUAUUAAUUUUUCUGUGUCGGGGUUCAGCAAAUACCGCUGCUUCUUUUUUUAAUUGGCAAUUCUUGAAUUUUUUUGUACUAAUCCUAUUCAUAUACGGCUAUGUUCGCCUAACCUUUUCUCUCGACAUUCCUGUUAAUUGAGGCGCUUUUGGCCACGUCGUCGCUUUCGGUCUCUAACAUCCGCGCUGUCGUGGAAAAUUUUACUGAAAACGUGUAAUAAAAGCUAACACUUGA